UUGUGCACUAGCGCCAUGAGUAGCGCACUUGAUGACUCAAAGACAACAGACGCAAGUAUGGACCACGAACUUUACACUGUACAGAGUCCCUCCGAGGACAUUAAGGAUGGCCCAGACCAUGCAGAAUUCAUUUAUAAAAUGUCAAAUGAAGAAUUCGUUAGAUUCGUGAAGUUGCGCGUGACCAACGACUCACUUUUCACUGGAAAGAGAAAUUCUUCAACUCUGGCUUAUAGGGCCAUCUUGAAAGAACUGGGUCUGCAAAGGGAAAUUUCUGCAAGCCAGGCCAGGAGGAAAUGGGAAAACCUUAAGAUGAAGUAUAAGGAACUGAAGAAUCCUCCACCUGGCGUCUCAGUGAACCCCACUAACUGGCCGUGGUUCUCCCUCAUGGACGACGCCAUGGAGGGAAGACUUGCAGGAAGCGAAGUCACUCUAGACACUUCGACGGUGGGCGAUGACAGUGAGUAUCGCCCGAACAACACCACGCGCAGGAGGAGCAAGAGAGCGCGGGAGCCGGACAGAAGCGAGAUCGAGCUUUUCGUCGAAGAGGACGACAUGAUGUCUGAAGAGAUGGGGAGAGACAGGGCGGAGCUGGACAGAGACAGGGAUGAGAUGGAGCACGAGAGGGCCAUCCUAGAGAGCGACAAAGCUGCUAUUGAAUACGAGAGGAUGGUCCUGGAGCGGGAAAAGAUGGUUUUAGACCGAGAAAGAGCGGGAGUGGAGCGAGAACUCGCAGCUUUGGACCGAGACAGGGCCUCUCUGGAGAGAGAAAAGGCUGCCGUGGAGAGAGACAGGGCCUCUGUGGAGUAUAUCCGAGCUCAGCUGGAAAAGGAAAGAGCGAUUCUCGACAGAGAAAGGGCAAAGCUUGAACGAGAGCGGGCCGUCCUAGAGCAACAGCGCGGGACAGAAAAAGGGGAGCAGACGGCUAAUCUUAACGAUAAUACAGAAGGAACUGAUACCUCAAUUCCCUUAGUGAUGGAACCGGCUUCCUUAGAGAGGAGGCAGAAAUUCCUCAACCUGUUUGAAAAGCUCAUUGAGAACUUCUAAAAUGGAACUACAUGUUCUGAACGGGACCCAUUAUGUAUAUGUCAUUAUUUUUGUACAACUUCUGUUUGAAGUAAAACCGUUUUCUGUUGCCAGAAGUGCAUUGUGCUGUGUUACAGUGAUUGGUUUUGUAAUGUUAAUAGCUACGCUUGUUUAAGAGAGCGAUAAGUGUUGCUUUCAUGCCUUUGAAGCUAUCAAUGAAAACGUUAAGCCACCUCUGUUUUGGAGAGGUCAUCAGAAAA